CAACCUCACUAAUAAAAUCAGGUUUCUUCUCAAGGGCAUCAAGUAACUUUUUUACAUCAUAUCGAAAACCAAUCAUUUUGCAAAUUUCUCAAUGUACAUUUACAAUUAGCAAGUCUUUAAACGUGACCCACAAACACAGAACCCUGAUUUAGUAACAGUUAUUUUCUAACAAAAACAACAUAUUAAGAAUUAGUUAUUCAGUAUUCUAUCACAUUAGAUAUAUUAAAAGGUUACGUUAAAAUAUGCCUCCAACAUUACUCAAACAAAUUAAACUGCGAAUUUCAGCAAUCUCAAUUACUUUUUUAGAUCCAUUUGCUGGCUUAAAAUCAUACGAGAACAAGAGAAUCGAAAUUUGAAUUUAUUCCAAAACUAAGGAUGAAAGUUUAUAUAUUUUUCAUGCUUUUCGUCCCGAUAAUGGCUGAAAAAGAAGUGAAAAAAUGCAGCUUGGAGAAUGUGUUAAAGUGUGGGCUGCUAAGAAACAAAUUUUCAGAAGAAUAUAAAAAGCCGUUUCCAACUACCGAAAAAGAAUUGACCAGACAAUGCGAAUUGUCUUACGAGAUGAUAGACUGUGGAUACAAUUAUAGCCAGGCUUGUUUAACCUCUAUGGAUAAAGUAAUAGGGCAGUUUGUUCUUUCGGGAACUAUACAAAAAAUGAAAGACCUUUGCAAUCCAGAACACUAAUUGCACAAAGGUAUGAACCUCUUACUUAAACAGAUUAAAGCAAUCGACUAACUUUACCAUAAUUCUUAUUCAGAUUAUUUGAAGAACGCCGAAUGUAUGCUAAAUAAUUAUGGACUUCUGAAAGAUUGUGUUAAUAUCAUGAUGUCUGCAGGAAUACAAACAUAUGAAGAUAAAUCAGGACAUAAAUUGCUUGUAUUUUGUUGAUGAGUUUAUAAAAAUGUAUUAUUACGUCAUUAACUUGAUAAUUUAUAUAAAAUAAAUUUUAUUUUCAAGCGGAAUAAAUCGUAUGAGAGAAUGUAUUGCUGAUCGAUUUGAACGUGAAUGUAGCUCGAAGGCAGUCUUUUUAGGUGAACUACUAAUAGAAUUAUCUAUUACUGAAUUUAUUUUUGAGAUAUGUAAUCCCUAUUUAGAAGUUAAAAAUGAUUGUCCACCAUUACCAACCACAGUAAACGAAGAGCCAUACAAAAAUUAUUAUGUUAUGAAAUACGUUUCUCCUUAUCUUGAAAAUUACCAGCCACAGCAAGUAUAGAGCCAUACAGAAAUUAUGUUAUUAAAUACAUUUCUGCUUUUCCUAAAUAUUAAGUUUUUAUUUAAAAUAUUGUGAUGUUUGCUUAUUUGUUCGA